GGGGAAUGCGACUGAGUGGGGUUAAUUGGGGUUAAUAUGCGUCAUUGCUACCUACCUAGGCCCGACUGUUCAUAUGAAGAAACUCAUUAAUAUCCGGGGCUUACCGCAGUGCCAGGAGGUAUGUAGGUAACUAACCUAACCGCUUAAUCGGUAUCGUAACUGGCGCAUAACAAUGCAGGUCGCCAUCAUCUGACUUUUGAGUUUGACCGUACAACUCUUAGCCCGCUAUUCCGUACUUCGAUACGUUAUUCCGACAACCCCCCUGGGCCUUGGAAACUUUCUUUGUCUGUUAUAAACUCGACGGUUGGACCGUCUAAUAACCUAAUCUCUUGUCUCUUGCCAAUUAGUGAAACUCAUCUUUGCGCAAAGUUGAAACCUUCAUCACGAGGACACAAAGUAUAGCCAGCUUAGCUUUACUAGUCAUUCUCGAGAGUCUCGUGCUCAAUUUUAAAAUGGCGUUUCUACAAUUACAGAAGGACCUCGAAAAGCUAACCGGUUCAGCUAAGUUAUCCGAUGCGGUACAAGAUGUCGACAAAGUCAUAGACCUUCUCACUGCUGCGCGGGAAAAGGUAGCAUCAGCAAAUAACCCUCAUACUACCAAUUUAACCCUCGCUAAGCUACAAAAUCCCAUAAAGGAGCAACUAGAUGUCUUAAAUAGCAAUUUAAGACAUGUCUACAAGGCCCAGAAUGAGUUCAACAAGGCCCUAAAGAAUGCUUUACCUAAAGCCCAGGGCACUCUCCCUACCGAACACGACCCUAUGGAGUCGCACUCGACUCUCAUAAACCGCGCUAUCGUCAUGCAUCUACUACGAGAGGGCCAGUUUGGCGUGGCCUCGACAUUUAUCAAUGAAGCGCAACAACAACCCGAGUCUCCGCAACGGCCCAGGCCUACGCAGAUUCGGCAGCCCGAAUCCCAACCAUCCGACUCCGAGUUUCAUCCAGUCAUGUCUCCUGAAUACCUGCCACCUACCGACGCUAUCAUAACCGACGCCGAUAUCCCUUCCGACCUAACGGCAUUUCAUUCUCAAGCCCUCCAGUCCUCCUUCGCCGAUAUGUAUUCCAUCCUCUCCGCCCUCAAAGCACACAAUCUAUUACCCGCUAUAAGCUGGGCCAGAGAGAACUGCGUAGAACUUGAAGCGCGGGGCUCCAACCUGGAAUUUGAGCUCUGCAAGCUACAGUUCAUAUGGCUGUUUAAAGGUCCUGAAAUCAAUGGGCUACCCAAUACGUCGGAGAACGGGGUACAGGGCGCAUUACAAUAUGCUAGGGAGAAUUUUGGUCGUUUCCAACACCGCCAUCUGCGUGAGAUUCGACAGCUUAGCGCCGCAAUAGUGUAUUCCCGGAACCUGGCAGACUCGCCGUACAGUUCUAUAUUUGACAUCUCGGCAGCCUUUGAUGAGGUCUCGGCAUCAUUUACACGAGAAUUCUGCUCACUUCUGGGUUUAUCAGCCGAAUCGCCCCUCUACGUUGCAGCUACGGCCGGGGCUCUGGCUUUACCUCAACUAGUCAAGUACAACUCUAAAACAAAAGCGAAGGGUACCGAGUGGACAACGGCCAACGAGCUGGCCUUCGAGACACCGCUUCCCCGGAGCAUGAUGUAUCACUCCAUUUUUGUGUGCCCCGUGAGCAAGGAACAGACUACAGAAUCAAACCCGCCCGUCAUCCUACCUUGUGGCCACGUUCUAGCAAAGGAAAGCUUACACAGGCUAGCUAAAGGUAGCCGGUACAAGUGUCCGUACUGCCCUAGCGAAGGUGCUGUCAAGGACGCAAAGGAGAUCAUAUUGUAAGCAUGUUGCAGAACAAAUAUUAAUUCGUCAGGAGUUGCGCGCAUGGGUUUCUUACGCAUUAGCUGGGAAUGGGAUUGAUUAAUUGAAUUUAGCGCAUGGCGACAGGGUUCGGUCAGGGGAUAUCGCUUUCACGAGGGUCUUGGAGGGCGCUGUGCCAAAACUCAACUCGGGCGUCGAUACGCCGGGAUGUACUUAACGUACCUAUUUAGGGUUAUUACCCUAUAUGAUUAUAAUGAAGUCCCCGGGGAUUGUAUUUAUUCCAUCCUCCUUGCCAGGAUUGAAGAUUCAAUAUAGUUAAAGAUCAAAAUUACAUAUCACGGAAGCUGAAUGUUUUUAA